AUGAGUGGGUCGGUUGCGCUUACGGCUGCUGAUGCAUUGGAUAACUUCGCUAGUGGCUCGGUAACAGUGGCGAGUGGUGCAUCAAAAAAUGUCCAAAGUGGGGACACUAGCAUCAUUUCUGGCGCAUCCCUGAAUGGGAAAAGCGGCUCAAUCAACCUGACAGUUGGCACUAGCGGAACGGACAAAACGAGCGGGUCAGUACUGGUGACAGCAGGGGCCAAUCAACUGACAGGCCCUGGUGGCGAUAUUAUCAUGAAAGGCGGUGGCGCUAAUCAGGCGGGUGGAAACGUCAAGAUCAACGGCGGGGAUUCAGUUCAAACUACCGGAAAUGGAGGCCAGAUUAGUCUAAGUUCUGGGUCCGGUGAUGGAAUAGACGGAGGUGACAUCAAGCUUCGAGCUGGAGAUUCAACGCCAGACAAUGGAGUAGGGGGAGUUCUCGACUUCCAAGCAGGAUACGGCAAGAAGUCUGGCGGUAACGUUUCCAUCAGUGGUGGUUCAGCGGAUGAUACUACUGGAGGCAAGGUUCAAAUUACAAGUGGGAGUGGCACCUCGGUCAGUAGUGGCAACAUCAUCUUGGCAACAGGAGCGUCAGGUCAGAGCAAAAGAAGUGGCUCCUUGACGUUGUCAUCUGGUAUUUCAAGUGGAGACUAUUCCGGCGGGGUAUACAUUUCCACAGCUGAUGCUACAAAUGGGGUCAGCGGUAGCGUUGUUAUCUCCGCUGGCACCGCUAGCGACUCGGAGAGUGGAGAGGUUCAGCUUAUCGGAGGAAAAAGUACAAAUGAUGGAGGUAUGGGAGGUCGUGUUCUUGUACAAGGUGGAUCAGGAACAAGCCAAGGAGGCCACGUUGAGUUGACUGCUGGAACCGGGAAAUCGGAUAUUGGAGGAAAUGUCCGACUUCAAAGUGGAUCUGGAAGUGGAGCGAGCAGUGGCUACGCACUUGUGUCAACGGGUGACGCUGGUAUUAACCACGACAGUGGCCCUUUAGGAUUCGUGACUGGUGCUACCAACGGUGGCAAUUCUGGAGACAUAUCAUUUGAAACUGGAGAUGCUCUAGAUGGCAACGCAGGAUCGAUCUUGUUCAAGGUAGGCAAGACGGAAGACACGGAUGCCGGCGAUGUUACCAUUGCUGCUGGUGAAAACGGAGCCAUUAGUGGCACGGGCGGCGAACUACUCUUAAGUGGCGGCUUGGGUGAUGGUGCAGGAGGUGGAUUGACACUAACAGCAGGAAAAGGUGGCUCUAAAGCUGGUGGAAACGUUGAUAUCUCCAGCGGUGCUAGUGAUAGUGGGGCAACUGGCUCCGUUUCCAUCACUAGUGCAUCUACGAAUUCUGCGAAGGCAAGCGGUUCAAUCACACUGUCUACUGGUAGUUCGGUAGGAGGGGAUACAGGAAGUAUCUCCAUUCUUACCUCAAACACCAAAGGCGGGAUUUCUGGAGCAGUGACUGUGAGUUUAGGCGCUGCAGAAACUUCUACCGGUGGAACGCUAACGCUGAAUGCUGGACCAAGUACUAAUGCUGGUGGUACUGGUGGAAGUGUCGUUGUGAAGGGAGGGUCAGGUCCGUUGUUUGGUGGUGAGAUAUCUAUUACCGGUGGAACCACACCAGGUGUGGCUACUGCCACUGAUACCCCAGUUGGCGGUACUGUUCGCGUUGCUAGUGGCACGGGCGAUGAUGCCGCCAGCGGCAACGUGUUGGUUUCAACAGGUGACGCUGGGGCCAAUCACGACAGCGGGGACAUUGCCCUGUACACUGGAGCUACCAGCGGUGGUAAUAGUGGUGCUGUUUGGCUGGAGACUACAGACGCUGUCAAAGGCAAAGCAGGGUCCAUUUUCCUAAGUGUCGGAGAAGGCGACGUCGCUGAUGCUGGUUCGAUUAAACUAACCAGCGGCAGUUCCACUAAUGCUGCUGGUAUAGGCGGAGCAAUCUCGGUGACUGGAGGGCACGGGAAACUAUUAGGAGGAGAUGUAAACAUUACAGGAGGCGUUGGUGACGGUACAGUCGGUGGGAGUGUGAGCUUGACGAGCGGGUCGUCAAAAGCUAGCGGCUCGCUCUCGCUUUCCUCUGGAAAAUCAACUGCUGGCAAGUCGGGCGACUUGACGCUUUCGACGUCAGAUGCCGUCGGUGGAAGUGGAGGAUCAAUCUCCGUCACAGUAGGCUCCACCGACACUGGAAUCGCAGGGGCUUUAAGCUUACAAGGUGGUACUAACACAGCUACAGCAAGUACAGGUGGGGCUGUUACGAUCACAGGAGGAACUGGGAAGGCCACCGGUGGCAACGUCGCUAUUGUCGCCGGUUCGGGGGCUUCCACUAAAGGAGGAAACUUGAUACUGACGAGUGGGUCCGGUACCGGGGCCUUAAGCGGGGAUGUUACAAUUGCGAGUGGCAAUGCUGGCACGGCAAAAGGAAGCGGCUCGGUGACGCUGUCUUCUGGAACCUCGCAAGGCGGACCCACUGGCAGCGUGAAGCUUGCUACAUCCACUGCUGUUGGUGGAUCUGGCGGUUCAAUUACUUUGUCCGUGGGAUCAGGUGACGCAAAUACUGGUGGCAAUGUCGAGGUUAGCGCUGGUGGUGCGACCGGCAACACAAGCAUUGGCGGUAAAGUCACGCUUACUGGUGGCCUUGGGAAGACUGGUGGUGAUGUUUUGAUCAGCGGUGGAGAUGGAACUGCGACUGCCGGUGGUCGAGUUGAGCUUGUCAGCGGGACCGGAACCGCUCUUCCGAGUGGAGACGUGUUGAUUAGAAGCGCAGACCCCACUACAACUUCGAAGAGCGGGUCGAUAGAGCUUCGUACGGGCACGACAACCUCCGGCGCUUCUGGUUCUGUUCUCGUUAAGACAAGUACUGCUGUCGGCGGUGCAGCAGGCUCCGUCACACUAUCAGUGGGAUCUGGAGACGCAGCUACGGCGGGGAACCUCGAGCUCUACGCUGGAAGCAGUACGCACGCGGCAGGCGUUGGCGGCCGCACACUACUCACAGGAGGCACCGGGACAACCGUCGGUGGAAAGGUUCAGCUUGUCGGAGGAGUGGGAACCAAAACAAAAGGUGGAGAUGUUGUGGUCACAAGCGGCGGGAGCGACUCGGGCAGCUCGAGUGGCGACGUUGCCAUCAGUAGCGGGAUCGUGGCAGCUUCGGGACAAGUGAGUGGGUCGGUGUCGUUACUGUCAGGUAAAUCAUCCCAUGGUAGCUCUGGGGGUCUUACUGUGGGUACAGCCGCCGCUACGGGCGGUAGCGGGGGCGCGGUGACUUUGAGCGUUGGUGCUGGUGACACAUCGGAUGGUGGUGCAAUGAACAUUGCUGGAGGAGACACUACAGAUGGCGUAGGAGGCUUGAUGGCUAUUGUCGCAGGCAAAGGUGGCACCGCUGGAGGCGAUGCCAAGCUGACUGGUGGUGCUGGUGGCUCCGACGUCGGUGGCAAAGUUCGGAUCUCGAGUGGUGGGAGUACUUCCGCUAUCACAGGGAGCGUGGAAGUACUGUCGUCUAGCUCAACGGCAGCUGGCACGGGUGGAGUUACAUUGUCGUCUGGAGCGACUACAGGCAGCACUAACACAGGGUCGUCAGGGACUGUGAGCGUGCUGUCUGGAAACUCGGUUGGUGGUACCGGAGGAAAUAUCCUGGUGCAAGUCGGCAGUGGAAAAGCUGCAACUGGUGGCGAAUUGAAGCUUAUCAGCGGAGAGAGUACAAACGACAACGGCGUUGGUGGGAAACUCAGCGUUAUUGGUGGUGUAGGCACCAAGACAGGGGGUGCUGUCGACAUUCGAGGUGGAGUAGGCACUGGGGCAGUUGGCGGCCGGAUCCAAAUUGUAAGCGGAGGCAGCACGAGUGGUGGUAGUGGCGAUGUGAUAGUGUCCAGCGAAGUGUCGACGACAACCGCCGCAAGUGGAGCUGUCACGAUUUCGUCGGGUGCCUCGACUGGUGGGGGCGACUCCGGUGCAGUAAAUAUCAAAACUGCCACUGCUUCAACUGGAACAUCCGGCAAGAUUACUAUCGCUUCCGGCUCCAGCGGUGUAGCUGAGGUUGGUGCUGGGGUCUCCAUAAGUUCUGGAACCAACACUGUUGGAGCAGGAGGCUUAUUACAGCUCAUUGGUGGGCUUGGAAAGACCACUGGGGGUAGCGUGGCAAUUACCGCUGGAGCUGCGUCGGCGACUGGAACGCGUGGAGGAGAUGUGAACAUUCUCAGCGGUACUGGGGAAGUUGCCACGAGUGGCAAUGUUGUGAUUGCAACAGCAGACUCUGGUACCGGUAAAGUCAGUGGGGGUCUCACCUUAUCUACAGGUGCCUCAUCUGGUGGAAAUUCUGGCGCCAUUUCUCUCUCAACUUCCACGGCUACUGGUGGCCACGGUGGUAGCAUUGGUCUCUCUGUCGGAAGUGGAAACGCGGACGUAGGAGGUGGCGUCACUUUAGUCGCAGGCGCAAGCUCUCACGCGACAGGGACUGGUGGUGCUGUAUCCGUGACUGGAGGUGGCGGGUAUGCAGGAGGAGAUGUUACCAUCAGCGGUGGUGCUGGCAGUGACGCCUCCGCUGCAGGCGGUGCUGUUCGGAUCACAAGUGGAACCAACUCGGCUGGUAGCAGUGCAGCGGUCGUGGUAAAAUCGGCUGCUGCAAAGGUCAACUUCAACACUGGCAACCUUCAAUUUGGAAGUGGUGACAGUACUGGGACAGGAAACAGCGGUAGUGUGACGCUCUCUACGGGAUCUGCAACUGGUGGAACUUCGGGCGACUUCGAAGUCGCAAUUGGAGAUUCUGGAGUGGCUGGGGGCACCGGCGGGUCAAUUAAGUUGAGCGCUGGCGCAAACUCUGCUAGUACCGGAGGCUCUGUCACGGUGAUGCCUGGGGCAGGGUCAAGCGAUACCACACACGGAGAAUUCCGCGUUGAGUAUCCGAGUGGCACAGCGCUCCUCUCUGUAGCGAAGAAAUCGUUUACAGUGGAUAAUGUCCAGUACGUGAGUCUCAAGUCGAAAACGAAUGUGGAUAUUGGAGCUACUGGGACGGUGACGUUAACUAGCGAUGGAGUGAAUGUGGCUGGCGGGCCGCUUACCGUUCAACUUAACGACUUCUCGGUCACAAAUGGCGCUGGGGCCGUGCUGUCGGUCUCAUCUACUAGUGGUGAUGUCAGUUUCAAAGGAAAGCUCACGCUUGGAAAGGACCAAGCAUCAAUUGAACACACUGGCACAUCACUGACUGUAUCGACACCAAAGCUGCUUGUUCCUGCUGCUAUAGUGACCUUUUCCGGCGCGCAGGCGACUUUUUCAGGCUCCAAUGUCGAUUUUUCAGGAGAUCACUUGAACUUCAAGGGCACGGAUGUGGGGUUCUCGGCAACAACUGCAGUCAGUUUCUCCGGAUCAACGGACUUCACUGGAAAUGCGAAGUUUGAGGGAACAAAGGUAGACUUCUCAUCGACUACCGCGGUUGGCAUAGCAGGAUCCACCGGCUUCACUGGAACUGCCGUCGAUUUCUCGGCAACAACUUUGGUUGAUUUCUUGGGAAAAGCAAAGUUUGAGGGGAGUACAGUCGACUUUUCGUCAUCAACUGCAGUUGGCUUCGCAGGGGCGGCAGACUUCACAGGCACUUCGGUGGGUUUCUCUUCAUCUACUGCAGUUGGCUUCUCGGGAUCAGCAGGUUUCACGGGGAGUGGCGUAGACUUCUCAUCAUCUACUCCGGUGGAUUUCAAGGGAAAAGCGAAAUUUGACGGGAGUACAGUCGAUUUCUCUUCAUCAACUGCAGUUAGUUUCGCAGGAGCGACCGACUUCACCGGGGCUGCAAACUUUGAGGGAGCCGUUGGUAUCUCGGGAACGACCGACUUCACGGGGAGUGCACAUUUCAAGGGAGCUGCGGUCGACUUUUCAGCGACAACCCCCGUGGAAUUCUUAGGAUCGACUGUGGACUUUGCUCAGGCAGCCACAGUCACCUUCUCAUCGGACAAAGUGGACUUCGAAGGGGCUGCAGUGAAUUUCAAAGGAGCUGCGGUCAACUUCUCCGGUACCAAAGUCUCGAUGUCGACAGCCAAGCUUAAUGUCGCUGGCAGCGGUACUGCGCCGACGGCAGCGGAGGGCACAUGCACGGUGGGCGACCUGCGCUUUGACAAGACUCAACUCUACAUUUGCGUUCAGGACAACGAUGGUCCGAAUUGGUACUCGAUUACCCUCGGCUCCAAGUUCACUCCGUCCUGA